UGUCUCCUCAGACAAUAAAAACAAGGCGAAGCAGCAUCUGAGCUCCGCGCUUCAAUCCGAGGACAGACAUGGACAAACGAGCUCACACCCGCCGGGCAGACAUGUAACUGCAGCCAUGCGCGUGUCCCGUGUGCUGCUGUGCGCGUUGCUGUGCGCGGUCCGGGAGGUUCGGUCCAAGUCUCUGCCGGAUCAGUUCGAGGUACAGAUAAAAGUGCAGGUGUUCGACAACAGCGACCUGUCGCCGUUAGCGGGCGCUCAGGUGGACGUUCAGGGGAACCAGACGCUCUUGGCGUCGAGUCGUGCCGGCAGCGAUGGCGUGGUCAGAGUCAGCUUCCUGUACCGAGCCGGCACAUGGGUCAUCAUCACAGCCUCCAAACAGGAUUACAUCACCAACUCUGUGCCGUGGCACUCCAACCGCAUCCCCUUGUACGCCUCGGUUAGCCUGUACCUUCUUGCUGAGAGGCCAGGAACUCUGAUUCUGUACGAUGACGUCCUGCAGGUUCUGUCUGGGUCACCAGGCGCUCGGAACCAGCCGCUGGUUCAGCUCCAGAGGAAGUCCAUCCAGCUGUCCUCCAGCUCCAACUACACGGCGCUGUCGGCCACGCUCACCACCGCCAGGAGUCAGUACGAGCUCGGUGGAUUCCCCUUUCUUCUGGGCCAGGAGACCAACAGCUCAGGUGCAGAAACCGGGUGGACCGACCUGACGGCGCUCGCCGUGGUCAGCAUUCAGCUCUUUGACAAAGAUGGCAGCGCGAUCAAGGUCUCCGAUCCGAUCCACGUCUCGGUGCCUCUGCCGUCCGACACCCGGAACAGGAUGGCCACGAGUGUUCCUGCCUGGAUGUAUCAGCCGAAGACGGGACUGUGGGUUCGGAACGGGACGGGCUACAUCAAAAAGGACGGGACGCAGUUUGUGUGGAACGUCGUGGUUCCUCAGAUGGGGUACUGGUUAGCUGCCUUUCCUUCGUCUUCAGGUUUCGGUCUGUCUUAUCCAGGCCUGAGGGACAUCACCACCUACCACACCCUGUUCCUGCUCUCCAUCCUGGGCUCGCUGGCCCUGCUGGUGCUCAUCCUGCUCUGCGUGCUGCUCUACUACUGCAGACGGCGGUGUCUGAAGCCUCGCCGACAUCAAGGGAAACCCCACACAUCCAACCUAAACGGAGCUAAGAGAGACCAGGGUACGUCUAUGUCGCGUCUGAACCUGAUCUGUGGAGGCCACGUGGAGUCGGGACCCUCCAACGACAAGUCGGACUUGUCCCCAUCUCGAGACUAUCAGAGUUCGAGGGAGGACCUGACCAAGCACGUUCCAGUUCACAUGCUGCGACACGGGAAGGGAAAGAACGCUUCAGGUUCUCAGCGGGGCGAGAGCUUCCCCAUGAAGGUCACCCGAGCCACAGAGACCAACAACCUGGACAACCCCUUACUGCAUGAAGACUACAACCGCAGCUACAGCCCCAAAGAGGGCAAAGAGUCCGAGUACCACAGACACCACAACGCCAACGACAAUCGAGGAUACUCGUCCGAUCCGCCGUCCCCGCCUCGCUUCCAGGGCUACGUGCCGAGCCAGUCGGACAAACCUCCGGAGUAUUCCGCCGCAGCAGCAGACAGCCUCGCCAGACCCACCUCCCUCAACACCCAGCCGGGCCAGAUCAUCUUCUGCAGCUCCAUCGACCAGAUGAAGGAGAACAUGUACCGGAGCAUGGUGCCAACCCUGGUCAUCCCGGCUCACUACAUGCGCCUGCCCUCCGAGUUUUCUGCCAAGGAUGGAAAGGAGCAGAAGGACCAGGACAAAGAUGGGACGCAGAUGGGAGGGGGCCAGCAGCACCACCACCUGAAACAGGGCCAGCAGCAGCAAGGUGGCUCCCAAGGCGACGACUCUGAGGAGCCGAGCUGGGCGUCCGACUCCUCCGGCGGAGCGGUGACCAUCCCCGUGCUCUUCAACGACUCCACCAUGGCUCAGAUGAACGGGGAGCUGCAGGCCCUGACGGAGAAGAAGCUGCUGGAGCUGGGUGUGAAACAGCACCCGCGGGCCUGGUUCAUCUCCCUGGACGGGCGGGCCAACGCUCACGUCCGCCACUCCUACAUCGAUGUCAGCAACGACCUCAGCGGCGGUGGAUUUGGAGGCAGCUCCGGCGGCGCCCAACGAGAAAUCAACCUGGAGCCGCCUCUGGAGUCCCACGAGCGAAAACUGGCAGCCAUCCGGAAGGGAAAGGAAGAGCGCUGGGGGUCCGGAGGACGGAAGGGUCACAGCGUCGGCAGCGGCGGGGGGAAGAAUUAUUCCAAGCUGGCCUACCAGGACCACAGCGAGCCCAGCAGCAGUGAGGGACGCCCGGUGUCGCCCGAGGAAAACUCCCUCACUCCUCUUCUGGACGAAGGACCGUCUUCACGUGGAUCCACCGUCACCAGGAGGGGGCGCAGCCGAGGGAACAGCAGCCGCAGCAGCAACAGCGAGAACCGCCGCGACUCCAUGACCAGUCCCGAGGACGACCCCGACGACAAAGACGAGAACAAGAAGAGUCCGUGGCAGAAGAUAGAAGACAGGCCUCUCAUGGUCUUCCACCCCAGGAAGUAAACGUUGUGGACUUCCAGAACACUGGGCUUCAAACGGUCCGUUUCAAGAACCGAAGGAGCUCAAAGAGAAAGGUACCAAUAAGCACAACCGCUGCUCCACCGCACCGUUCCCUGGUUGGUGUUGGACCUUUCUGGUGAGGUGCUCCUGCUCUUCGUCUCGCUGUCAGUGCUGGUUCCUGUAGAAUCUGUCCAGUUUUUUGUGCAUCCUGUCCCGUCACUGAAC